AAACACUUGCACUAUUCUUCAGGCAGGUUUCUUCUCAUUUUUCCUUAAUUGAUGUCCAAGAGAUGGAUGCAAUAGUGUCAAGUUUUAAUGCUUUUGAAACUAAGGAAGCAGGCCCACUAAUUCUAACAUGGGCACUGUUUCUUUGUCUGAUUUCAUCACUUCCGGUAAAAGAAGAAAACAAUGUUCUAAUGGAGAUUGAUCAUAUUAGCUAUGUUCGUCAAGCUUUUGAAGCUGCAUCUUUGAGAUUUUUUCUUGAGAUCCUCGAGAGUGACUUAUUAAAUGAGUCAGAUGAAUCACUUUGCAGUCAGUUUUGGGACAGAGAAAGUUUUGUUUAUGGUCCUAUUCGGUGUCUUCUUUGUAACCUAGAAAGUGAAUUUCCCUUCAGGACUGUGGAACUUAUUCGCCUCUUAUCAUCCCUAUCUGAAGGAACUUGGCCAACAGAAUGUGUGUAAGUUUCUUUAUUUCUUUGCAUUAGGUUGAGGAUUCUACAGUAAUUUUUGUACGUUUGUAAACACUACACUGUACUAUAUCAGCGUAAUUGACUGCGAAUAUGUAUCACUGUUUUGUAAUUACUUGUUAAUGCCCAAAUAACUUAAGGUCUAGAGUUUAAUACCUGUUUGAGCUCCAUAUUCUAUUACACCUCUCCUUUAAAUGAGAUAUGAGAUUCGAUGGAUCUACCCUAGAAAUAAUAGUAUCAUUCUAAAUGCUUUUGUAACUCAAAUCUCCCAAACUUUUAACAUGUUGUCUCAGUAAUUAAGCACCUGAACCAGAGAUGUCUUUAGGGUGAAAUUGAGGCCCCUUUAACCUGAAAAUGUUAAUGUUUGUUUACUGUAAUAUGUAUCUAUUCACUGUGUGAUAGCAGUAUUUUGAAUUUUGAAGUA